CAUUAGCAUUUUUUUCUCUCUUAGGAGAACAAUACAGGCUCACUGUAAGCUUGCCCAAACAUGGGCUGCCUUUUAUUAUGUAUUGGUACAAUGCCUAGUGCAAUAAGGUCCACUUUUCACUGAGUUCAAAUGCUAAGCACAAGGAAAAACUCAGUGGCACGCUGCUAAUCGUGAUACAUUUGUCACAAAUACCACCUGCCGAUAGGCUGGGAUUUCACAAAGGGAGAAAGGUGGAAUGCUUUGAACAAACCCAGUUCCUCUGUCUGUUUGAAGUAGCAGAUGCUCGUUGGCUUCAGUCACUUGUGUGGCUCUUGAAAGUUGUGCUGUUCAAAGUGUCUGAUACUUUUUUCCUUUUUAAUGUUGCUGUCUGUAUUUUUUUAUGAAAAAAAAAGAAGUUAACAACUUUGUGAUUUAGUUGAAAGCCUAUGUGACAUCUAACUGUCAGUGUGAAAAGGAGCUGCCUGUCUGCAUUAAGGAUCGCAGGGCAACUUACCUCGUCGUAAAACGUUGCUGUAUGUCUUUGGUCCUAGACACCCGCGUGUACCUGUAGCCUGAGGAGAUACUACAUGAAACCAAUCUGUCUACUUUAGGAAACAUGAGGUCACAGUACGUCACGGCACCCACGGUCACUGUCCUCCUGUUCCUGCUGUGGAUCCAGUCGUCAACAGGCUGCAAUAAGGCUCUCUGUGCCAGCGACGUCAGUAAAUGCCUGAUACAGGAGCUGUGUCAGUGCCGCCCUGGGGAAGGGAACUGUUCCUGCUGUAAGGAGUGCAUGCUCUGCCUGGGCACACUUUGGGAUGAGUGCUGUGACUGCGUUGGUAUGUGUAACCCUCGCAAUUACAGUGACACACCACCAACGUCCAAGAGCACUGUCGAGGAGUUGCAUGAACCAAUUCCUUCCCUUUUCCGGGCACUGACAGAAGGGGAUACUCAGCUGAACUGGAAUAUUGUUUCCUUCCCUGUGGCAGAAGAACUGUCACACCAUGAGAACCUCGUUUCUUUUUUAGAAACAGUGAAUCAGCCACAGCAUCAGAAUGUCUCUGUUCCAAACAACAACGUCCACACACCUUACUCUAGUGACAAAGAACACAUGUGUACUGUGGUGUAUUUUGAUGACUGCAUGUCAAUACAUCAGUGCAAGAUCUCUUGCGAGUCCAUGGGAGCUUCCAAAUACCGGUGGUUUCACAACGCCUGCUGUGAGUGUAUCGGACCAGAAUGCAUCGACUAUGGCAGCAAAACUGUAAAAUGUAUGAACUGCAUGUUUUGAAGCAGGAAAAUUGUAAUAUAGCGAUACUAAGGCCAAAGUAAUCUCUCUCAGUUAAAGAGUCAGGGAUUGCAAAUACCGCAUUUUGGUGGAGUGCCUGCUGGUUGCAAUUAAAUGCACCUGGUUGAAAAAAAAAGAUGUAUAAAAUCCGAAAACUUUUUUUCUUUUUUUUUUUAAGUUCACAUAAACGAGGCUAACUAGUAGAUGUUUAAAAACUAUGUUUUAAACUUGUUUUUCUUUAUUUCUGCUCGAAUGGUACAGUCAUGCUCAUCAUUGCUGUUCUGAUUGUUUCCCUUUGAUUUGAAAGUAUUGACUGUACUGGUCUUCAGAAUAUAUCUUGUAGGUUAGAGUAGGGAAACAUUAAGAAUAUGGUAAUGAGAUUUCCAUUAUCUAAGUUCAACAAGUAAAUAAAUGGCUGCUAGGUUGGAGGGGGGGUGGUUGUUCUUUAGGGGCUCUUUUUGGGGGGUUUAGUUUCUGGUUUUGCUUUUUAACUUUAUGAUCUUCCAGGUUUUGAGCUUUGCUUUCUAUUGUGAAAGUGGUAUUUGGGGAAAAAGAAAAAUUCAUGCUUUCUCUUCAAUGCAUGGGCUGUCAUGGAUAAAAUCCUAACUUCUUAGAAGGGCUGCCCAACAAAACACUGUGUAGGGACACUUUUCUUCCAAGUUUCAUUUGCCCUGCUAUUGCAAGUACAUUUGGGCUUAUGUUACAUAAUUUAUGUGUUAAGCAAAGUAAUUUUUUCAGUCUUCUCUUAGAUUCCAAAAUAAAGCUGUUAAGUGCAGUUGCAUCUCCUGCCUUUUGCACUGUUCUCUAGGGUUGCUUACUCCCUGAACAUUCAGUCCAGUAAAGGAAACAUGAAAGGUUAUGAUGGAUUUAAUGACUGAAGGAAUAAAGAAGAAUGAAAUUCCAUGAAUGAGCAAGUGUUACAGCUGAGCAGCUGGCAGCAAGCAUGUUCCCUUUUAGUAGUUUGCUGAUAAUAUUUAUUCCAAAAUGUUAUUAUUACUUUUUUUUCCCCCCAUGAAAUCUUGUCAAUGAAGAAGGGAACAUGCAUCUGCAAAGGCAAAGUUAGAAUGCUCUGAGUUAAGAACAUUGUCCAUUUUUCUAAGUAAAAGUUUUUGUAUGUUGACAGUUACAUAGCAGUUACUAUGACCCAGUUAAGGGCUCCACUGAUAAUGGUACUAAGUACAAGAAUAAAGUCUAUGAGUAGGUAAUGAUCAGCUUUUGGUAUUUAUAAUGAUGUAGGUUUUAACUCCUUGAAGUUUUUUUAUGCAUAUAUGCAUAUGCACGUACAAAAAAGAAUUUGACUAUUCAUUUUUCUCUCACUAACCUCAGUCUAGAGGGAUUAAACUGUUUUCUAGUCACACCUGUCUAUCUGUACCAUGUACAAAUGAAAGCAGUCAUUUUACAUUUAUUUUGUUGAAAAGUUUGCCUGAAUGUUUUUUUCAUUUUUUCUCAUUAUACAGUUCUUUCAAUAAGAUGAAGUAAUAAUAAUAAUAAUAAUAAUAAUAAAAAAAUCUACUCUUGUUAAAUAAUGUUACUUUCUUCAGUGUCUUUUUCACCUAUAAAAAAGUACUUGAAAGAUGAAUGUUAUUGUUUUGAACUAGUGUAUAAUGGAAUGUCUUUGUACUUUAAACUUGCAAUUAAGUGAUAAAAGGUCACAGACGUGAAUAGAAAAACUUAGCUUAUCAUGGAGGAGUUGUUCCUCCUAUAUUUGACAAUUCAUGUUAUCUUUUCUUCUGCUAGAGUUUCUUAAAAUGAAUGGAGAAGAAUAUGUUAGAGUAGCUGUGACUAUUUGUAGCUGGAGGGUGAUGCAUCAUCAUUCCUGACCGAGAUAGAAGACACACAGUAAGCAAGCGUUGCUGCAGGUCAUUAGCAUGCUCUGGAUUUUUGCAGUCUUAAAUUAUUUGGAAUACUGUGGUAGCUCAAAAUCUUCUCGGGGGAGAAACAGCGCUGAUGUUUCUGUCAGCACCUGCUGCCCCACGGAUCUGACACCGCCUCCAUUUUCAUCAUCAGAAUUUUCACUGUGAGGUCAAGUCAAGGGGAGCAGGAGGGACGGGAGGACUGACCCAACAGGUGUCCAGAAAACGCUGUGGGGAACGGCAUAAAAAUGUAAACAUGGUUAUAUGGGUAGUGGCCUGAGAGGAGGUAGUGAGGAUGCACACCUUCUGGGGCUUGCCUUAUUUUUGUAAUUCUUGAUGCUGUCUAGAGUUCGCUGUAAGUGUUGUGUGUACGCAAAUGUCAUACAGCAACGACAUUCCGUGUAUUUUAUGACGAUGAGUAUUUUAAGAGGUAUUUUAAUAAAAAAGAUAUUACUGGUU